AUGAUCGCACUCGUACCUUUUGUCAUUAUCGCUGGUGCUGCUACCUUAUCCGUAGCCCAAACCACCAUCACCGUCAAUGUUGGCAGUAAAUUUCAACAAAUCGAUGGCUUCGGCUUUUCGCAAGCAUUUGGAAGAGCCAGAGAAUUUCAAAGCGCCAAUGCCACUGCGCAGAAGCAAGCCCUCGAUCUUCUGUUCAGUACCAGCACCGGUGCCGGCUUCAGCAUCAUCCGCAACCGUAUCGGAUCGGGCGGUGCAGGGGACAGCAUCGAACCGAACAACCCCGGCUCUCCAUCCGCGGCGCCGAACUACGUGUGGGAUAACAAUGACAGUGGGCAAUUAUGGUUCACACAGCAGGCCGUCUCAUACGGUGUAAAGACUAUCUAUGCCGAUGCAUGGGGUGCACCUGGUUUCAUGAAGACCAGCGGUUCGGACUCAUCCCCUGGUUAUCUCUGUGGCACCACUGGCCAUUCUUGUUCCUCGGGUGACUGGAGACAAGCGUAUGCAAACUUUCUAGUGCAAUACGUCAAAUACUACGCAGCAGCAGGCUACAACAUCACGCAUCUGGGAUUCCUGAACGAACCAGAUUACCAGACGACGUACUCUCAGAUGCAGAUCAGCUCGAACGCUCAGGAAGCCAUCUCAUUCAUCCCGAUCCUUUCCAGCACGGUGAAAGCAGCGGGCCUCAACACCAAACUCACAUGCUGCGACGCAACUGGAUGGACGACUCAGAGCACUUACACAACCAACCUAGUCAAUGCCGGGUCGACUCAAUACUUAAGCGUGAUCACGUCUCAUUCUUACAGCUCAGACGCUACUUCGCCUCUCAGCCAGACAUCGUUGCCAAAAUGGAACACAGAAGGGGGCCCUAGCACACCGUUUGUCAAGACGUGGUACAGCAAUGGAGGGACAAACGAAGGCUUCACGUGGGCGAACAAAAUCGCUGUUGCCAUGGUUAAUGCACAGCUCUCGGCGUAUCUGUUCUGGGAAGGGUUUGAGAUUCAGCAAUCGCAGUCCGGCAGCCACUUGAUCGACGCACUCGACAGGCAGACGGCGACCCCGUCAGGCAUCUUCUGGGCCUUUGCCAUGUGGUCCAGAUACAUUCGACCGGGCGCUUCCAGAGUAGCAACUUCAGGAUCCUUAUCCAACGUCAUUAUCGGUGCCUUCCAGAACACGGAUCGCUCCAUCGUCGUCGUCUUCACAAACAGCGGGACGUCGGCACAGUCGGCUAGAGUGUCAUUCAGCGGCUUCACGCCAACGUCCGCUGCUGCGUAUGUGACUGACAACAGUCACACCUUCUCAACCACGUCGGCAGGACUCUCUGGCGGCGCCAUCACAGUAUCUGUGCCCAGCAAGGGAGUUGUUACGGUGAAGCUGACUUGA